UGAGCAUGCGAGAGAAAACGCGGCCCCGCUAGCGUUUUUACAAGAAACUUCUAGAUUGCCACACUCCCUUCUCAUUCUCGGAUUUCGUAUGUGUAAUAAUUAUUUCCACUGAUCAUCAGAGGGGAUUUUAUAUCUUAAUCAGGAGUAAUAUUGACUUUCAAGUUCUCGACUUCAACCACGUCCAACACCAGUUUAUCAAGAUAAAAGACCUUGAAAUUUUGGUGGAUCAGGAUCCUCUUUAUAUCGUUAAUGUUUAUAGACACUCAGGAUGCCCCUUCCUGAUUCUUGCAUUACUCUUGACCAGCCUAUCAAAGCUUAUGAAGAUUUAGUACAAAAUAUGCAAAGUAUAGAAGUAGCUGCUCCCUCGAAGGCUAAGGCACCUCGUCAAGUUUCUUCGGACAACCAACGUACACAAUCUUUCUGGUGGAAUGACAUCUGUCAAGAUGCAGUGUCUGCUAGAGAGCUGAUUACUAGGAGGGCACUUAAAAAGUUGCUCACUAGUUGCUUAGCCUACAAGAAACAACGUAGAGUUACCACUAACAAUAGGAUCCUGCGUAGAAAAAAAAGGCUUGGCUUGAAAAAGUUUUGCAGCAGUUCCGAUCAUAGUAAGAAAGCCGAUGAACUCGCCAGGCAGGAAGACUUUAUGGAAUUAGAAGUCCCUUGUUCGGACUUGCUCUCAGAGGCUCAGAGCACCACUGUGACUCAAUGUAAAACCUAUCUGGAUGAGGAAUGAAGACCUAUACUGUGAUUGAAAAGCUUUGCCCUCCGUCGCGUCUACAUUUUAAUUAUUCUUCACUUCCAGAUUUGAUAUCAUCACACAAAGGCAUAGAGAGCAAUGAAAUCGUUUAGAUCGAAAAUAAUGGAAGUAAAAUAAAACUACACAGGAAGAUAUAUAUGCCUAAAUUUUCGCGUUCAAAUCAUUACAAUCUUAACUAUAACCUUCACAGGAAAAAUAUAGUUACUUCCUGUGGCUUGUCCCUCA